AUGCCUCGCGCCGAAGCAGGGUCUACCAAGGCCAUCAGCAACAAACUUAAGCAAAACGGGCUUACGCGUUUGAGAUGGUAUUGUCAAGCCUGCGAAAAACCAUGUCGGGACGAAAACGGGUUCAAAUGCCACGUCCAAAGCGAGUCGCACGUGCGCCAAAUGAUGGUUAUUGGCGAGAACUCUAAAAAGACAAUCGACAACUUCUCGGCGGAAUUCCUGCGCGAAUUCGUCACGCUACUGAAAACGUCGCAUCAGGAGAAGAAGGUUAAUCUGAAUCACUUCUACCAACAGGUCAUUGCGAAUCGCCACCAUAUACACAUGAACGCUACCAAAUGGUCGAGUUUGUCCCAGUUUGCGGGCUAUUUGGGCAGGGAGGGGAUUUGCAGGGUUGAAGAGACGGAGAAGGGCCUGUUUAUUAGCUGGAUUGAUAAUAGUCCGGAGACGCUGAGAAGGAGAGAGGCGGUCUUGAAGAAGGAGAGGCAGGAUAAGGGCGAUGAGGAGCGGGAGCAGAAACAAAUCCAGGAACAGGUGGAGCGGGCGCGCAGGGCAGAGCUUGCGAAGGCUGAAGCAACGAAUAGGACCGGCGGCGGAGAGGAGACGCAGCAGGAUGAUAAUACCGCUGACAAGAUGCUUCUCGAGCGGAAGGAAGGGGAGAAAGUAAAACUAAAUUUCGGCGCGCCGAAAUCAGCAACAACAACAACAACAACAUCAACGUCAACAUCAGCCCAAGAAAACCCUGCGACAGACUCCUCCGAAUCCCCCAAACCAGAAGGCCCAGCGAAACCAGCUGAAAAACUCUCAAUGUCGUUUUCAUCUGGCUUGACGUCGAAGCCGAAAAACGUGUUUUCUUCGGCGAAGAAAGUCAAUCCGUUGGCCGGGAAUAAAAAAUCAGGGUUUGUGCCGCAGCAACAGAAGGUGUCGCAGCAGGAGUUAAUUAUGAGGAAGGAGAUGGAAGCGAGGGAGCAGAAGAAGAGGAGGAUGGGUGAGGGGGUGUGUUUGAUGGGGGGAAGAGGCAGAAGGUUUCUUGAGGGGUUACGAUUGUCGAUUGUUUAG